ACCUAUUUCAUUUUUCAUAGCGCUGUAGUGUUCGAUAUGGUCACUAAACUUUAAGAAAAAUAUUACAUAAAUAAUUACGGUUCAGAUUUAUAUGUAUGAUAGUGCAGUGGAUUGGUGAAAACAAUAUUGUUGAGGAAUAUAUUUGAUACAGCUAUCGAAAUGACUUUUUGUUAAACUAUUGUGGUUUUUGUGUUCAUACAUAGUUAAUACUAGAAGAUGGAUAAGCUACUAAUAUUCUGUGCUCUGUGGUCAAUAAGCCAUGGAGCUUAUAUGAGUAGAAUGUCAUCUAUAAGCCGGUUUCGGGGACCAACAGCAUUUCGACCGGGAGUCAUCCUGCAAAGACCCAACAUCUUUCCGCCAAGGAUGAUGCCAGCGUCGCAUCGAACACCUUUUGUUGUGUACAGGAAUCUUCCACAUAGAUACGCAAUAAAACCAAUGGCUCCAGUAACAACACGAAACGUCUUUGGAAUACCAUGGAAAACCACAGCUCGUAUACCCGUGCCGGUGCCAGUAACUCCAGAAUACGAUUUCGCUAGAACUGCAGCCUCUGCGCAACCGGUGAUUCGGACUGACGGUGCGAUCCAUACUAUACCAGCGCCGAAUCUUAGUUUGUCAGAGAAACCCAUUGUAGUGGCCGAAGUUUUGACGUCCGAAAACAGAGAUGCUAACAUUCCUGCUGAUGGGGUAAAAUCAACAUAUGAGGUUACAGAAAAAAUUACAGAGAAUCCAACAUAUGACGUACAGGCCAAGAUCGAAACACCUACGGGAUUUUAUAAGUCGAACUCCGGGGUUAACUACGAAUUCAAAAACAACGAACCACCACAGCAGUAUAGUCCAGAAUAUGGACUUAUACAAGUACAACAACAAAUGUCUUCCAUUACACCUCAAGAGUUUACAGUUCAGAGAUAUAACGGAUUGCCAUCUCAUCAGGACUUAAUACAUUCUGGAGCAGAAGGAAUAAUUAUACCCCCAAACGCAUUAUUACAAUCUGAUCCACUGUUUUUACAAAAAUUGCAAACCCAACUAUUGCAAAGGUAUCCGGCAGUUGAAUUUAUUCCAUACAACCCAGCAAUACAGGCCCAAAUCCCGCCGCAUAAUCAAGAAUCACAACCAUCAUACUACUCGCAGAAUGAACACUUCAUAAAACAGGCUCCAAUGGCUUUCGUGCCCAGUGAUGGAAAUAGAAACAUAGUGCAGAGAGAAACACAAGAAGGAACCGUCCAAUCUCUGCCGCCACAAUCGUUUAUUCCAAGCAAUAUUACCGAAAAUCCUACAAUAGUGACAACUACAAAUCCCCCUGAAACAACCAUUUCAAAUGUAGUAACUGAGCCUCAAAUUACCACAACCACCGAAAGAAUUGAAGUUAAUUCAGAAAAUGAAAGAUCAAAUCCCAUUUAUUAUUCACAGAUAGGUCAAACCGGUAACAAUGAUAAAGUGAACAGUUAUUACUCAGCAAUCAACGAUAUAAAAGAGACAUCCCCCAAGGAGGAAGUUAACAAGAAUUUCGAUAAAAGCAUCGUAAAGUCUUCGGAAAGUACAACUAUAAUAGCAACUUCGCAGGAAUCUGAUGCGACUCAUUAUUUGGAUAAUAAAGAUAAACCAGAAGCUAAUGAAAUAUUACAUGUAUAUAAAAAUUUCAUAGCGUCUCCAUUUGAAAAGCCCGCAGAGUCUGUGAAUAUAGUUUAUUCUUUACUAAGAAGAACUUCAACAGCACCAACAGAAGAGAACAAAGAACAAAAUGUGACUACAACAACAGAAAAAUCAGUAGAAACAACUGCAAAUACGACUAAAGAUAACCAAAGGGAAAGAUCUCUUUUGAACAGACAACCCAUAAGAUUUACACUAACUGAGAAAAGAUCAGCAGAUAGCAAACCACAACAGGUGGUCAAAGCGAAAAUACCACCAAAAAGCAAACUUAUAUUCGACGAUAAGACUGGUGAACCCAUUUUACGAGUUUACGCAAGCUACGUCGAUAAUCCGGCUAGGAAAGAAGUAAUCACUCAAAAACUGACCAACAUGAGGCAUCUAAGGGAAGUGGUGCCGAAGAAGCAAGAAAACCCAGAACACUUCGAUGCCGCCACAGUAAAUGCUUUAGCAUCGGACGUAAAUCAGUUUGGCCAGAAGAUAAAAUCAAGAAAUGACGCAGCCAGACAAAUACUAUUAGACGAAUAUAAUUAAUAAAUUAAUUACUUCAAAUAACUCUUCUCUAACAUUGGUUAAUUUAUGUUUAAAUGAAAUAAUAAAUGGAAAAUUACUAACCUUCGAUUUAAAAAUAACAAAUCGCUCAUAAAAUAGAUAUAAAGUAUUUAUAAGAUGUAAAUAUUUAACUUUAAUAAAUAAAUAUAUUCCAAAGACUUUUCUUACAGAAAGAUUAUAUGCUGUUAAAGCUAUUAUUACUAUUAUUAAAUUCUUCAAUUAUUUUGAAAUAUUUUUUUAACAGAAUUUAUUUGAUAUUAAAUUACUCAUAAAUGUUCAAAUAUGUAACACAUUAUUGAAAGUAAAAUAGUCUUUAUCAUAAAUUUAUUACAGUUAAUUAUCGCCUGUGUUUAUUAUUUUAAUUACUUAAUAGAAUUGAGGCAUGUUUCAAAACAAGAUUUCAGAUAAAUGAAAUAUUAUUAAAUUUGUGUGUUAUAUAAAUUAUUUAUUCCUACUAACAGGUAUGAGGGAAAAUAAGGUAAUUUAAAUUGGUAUA